AUGUCUUACAGUGACCCAAACCAAAUCCCAGUUCCAGAAACUUACAUUCCAUCAACCAACCACUCGAUUGAAUCGGAGCAAAAACUCAAACUUUACCAAGCUUUCAUCUUCUCAAUUCCCAUUUGCUUCACGUUCAUCGUUCUCUUCGUCUUCUACGUCAUUUACCUUCGUAGACGCAGCAGUAGUGUUGAUUGGUCUUCUUUAGGAAUGCGUGGUAGCUUCGUUCCUACCAACAACAAUCUCUCAAUGGUUGAGUUAGGGGUGAGCAAAGAAUUGAGGGGGAUGCUUCCCAUUGUUAUCUUCAAAGAGACUUUUUCAAUCAAUGAUUCACUAUGUUCAGUGUGUCUUGGGGACUACCAAGCAGAUGAGAAGCUUCAACAAAUUCCAGCAUGUGGGCACACUUUUCACAUGGACUGUAUUGAUCUUUGGCUCACUUCACAUACCACUUGUCCUCUUUGCCGUCUCUCUCUUAUCCCUAAAGCUUCUCUAGACCGGUCCCAUCAAAGACCCGAGCUUGUCUCUUCCAUAGAGAAUUCUAAUGGAGGAGAAGCUUCGGCUCAACAAGAGUCUGAAUCAACAACUGAAGCAAUAAGUCACAUUGAUGAUGGUGAAGAAGGUGAGGGAGAUAGUAGAGAAGUUAUUAAGGAAACACAAGAGAAUGACCGAACUAAUGUAGGGACAUCGAAUGCUUGUUGCAGUUGUAGAGUUGGUUAA